AUGGAGGACCAUUUCAAGAAUUGCCAUCCCGACGUGUCCGGCUUCGAUGCUUGCGUUCGCGAAGGUCUGAACAGCAUUCGUCCUUAUUUCAAGACUGGAUUGCCGAAAUAUGGAGUCGCACCGUUCGAUCCCUUUUUCGCCAAAGAGAUUUCGGUUAGACGUGGACUUUUAGGAGUAGGAUUCGUCCUGACGCUUAGAAAUGUCACCGAGAGUGGAUGGUCGUCCAGCAAGGUUACUCGGUUUAUCAGUGACCUGCCAAAUUACACGGUGCGAUAUACUCAGAGUUUCCCUGAAAAAUCCCUCGCCGGCCAAUACGAGUUCAUGGGGACAGCUUUGGGCACGAAUAUGAAUAAUAGAGGGAAAUUCACCUUAAUCCUUUACGACCUGGAGCAGACGACGACCAUAACCAAGAGGCCGAACUCGAAGGUGAAGGUGCAAGUCGACGUACACUCGAUGAGGGAUUUGUCUCUUCAUAUUUCGAAUUUGCUGCACGGUCGGGAGUUCCUGGAGCGUAUCCUGGACAGGAUCAUCAACGGAGCCUGGCAACCGGGUUUUAUGGUGACCAGACCUCUUAUCAACGAGCUGGUAUCAACGGCUUUUACGGAAAUUUUCGGCAAAGCCUUUGAAAAAUUCCCCUUCGAGGAAAUCAUCAAGCCACGACGCGUCUCCAACUCGACGUCAGCCUGAAAACGAAAAAUGUUUAUUUAAUUUCCGAUCCAUAUUAAUAUCCAUACUCAAAGCUGCGCGUAAUUAGUUUACCUCUCGUAAUCAGUUUGGAAAAAUUCCGCUAGUGUAAAUAAUUCCAAUUUGCGCACCGAUCCUGUACAGUGGACAGAACUCGCAUCAACGAUCUCAGGAAGAAUCCUGAAGGAAAUAUCGAAGGGAAACAAGAGUUUCGCCUGGCAUUGUAAAUAAUUUAUCAAUAAUCCUCGUCACGCCACGAGAGUAGACCCGUGUUCAAUUAUUGUUUUUAAUCGACGUUAACGUUUAAUGACGUCUGGAUUUUUCUCAGAUUAGUUGAAUGUCUUUUUUAUAAGUAAUAAAAUUACUGCGUACAUUCGUU